AAUACUUUGCCCCACACCCCCAUACCCCACACAACUCAGUCUCCCGAUGUGCACAGGCAAUGUGCACAUCCAAAGCCUCUUGUGUUUCGAAUGUCUUCCAGCAGAAAUACGCCCGCUCGUGAUUCCAUCCCAAUGGUGGCGGGAUCUGUUCUCUGCAAUCCUUGCCUUUCCUCCCGCUCCUGUGCAAGCUUUAACACCAGAGCAGCUCUAAAGGCACUUGUCAUAACAAUGGUGGUUAAUAUGAUUAUAAAAUAUAUUAAUGAAUAUAUAUUUUUAAUUGCUCAACCUGACUCUCCCUUGAUGACCC